CGGAGCGCGCGCCCAAGAGCCGGCACGCGCCGUAUUUCGUCGCGAGAAGGAAAAUUCACACGAUCCUGCUGCGAUAGGAGGCAGCGUCCGCUCGAAGGAGGUGUGCUUGCGAUAGCUCCCCCCGCCCUCCCAACGCCGAGAAGGGAGUCCCCUGGGCAUUGCCUUGCAAGAUGGCGACCAAGAUAACCCGGGAAAUAAAAAGAAAUGCUGAAUAUUUGAAAAAUCAAGAUUCACCGGCCGCAUCCAUGUUGCAAGAAACCCCGUUUGAAAACUUGUGUCUAGCAUCUCAGGAUAUUCUUGAGAGCGCCCAAAAGCAAGGAAGAUCAAAAUGCCCCAGAUGUCAUGGCUCAAGGAUGUUCUACUGCUAUUCGUGUUAUGUUCCAGUUGAAACUGUCCCUGUUGAAGAGAUUCCUGUUGUGAAGCUUCCCUUGAAGAUUGACAUAAUUAAGCAUCCCAAUGAAACGGAUGGCAAAAGUACAGCUGUACAUGCCAAGCUUCUGGCAUCUGAGGAUGUUACCAUUUAUACGUAUCCUUGUAUUCCCGACUAUGAAGAAAUGCAACAUGAAAUUGCACUUAUUUUUCCUGGACCUAAUUCAGUUUCAGUAAGCAACAUUCCUCUCUCUCUGCAAACAAAAUGUAAGAUGGAUACCGAGGGCUCAUCAGCAGAACCAGUGGUCAAGUGUGUGAAAUUGGAGCCAAGCCACAGUAGCAUCAUGAGUGAAGAUAAACUGCCCAAGGGCAAAAAUGCACUGAAAAGAAUUGUAUUUAUUGACAGUACAUGGAAUCAAACGAACAAAAUAAUUACAGAUGAGCGGCUCCAAGGUUUGCUACAAAUUGAACUGAAAUCAAGGAAAACCUGUUUUUGGCGCCAUCAGAAAGGGAAACCAGAAACUUACCUCUCUACCAUUGAAGCAAUUUAUUAUUUUCUAAUAGACUAUCACAAGGACAUCUUAAAAGAAAAAUACGAUGGACAGUAUGACAAUUUGCUUUUUUUCUUCUCAUUUAUGUACAAGCUGAUCAGAAAAGCCAAGGAUUCUGCGGGAAAAAAAUAAAGUGUUCCUUCCUCAUGUAAGAUACAAAAAGAAAUUAUGAUCCAUUACCCUUGGUCCUUUAAUUAAGAUUUGAAUUACUGAAACAGACUUACAGGAUAGAAUGCUUAUAGUUACUGACUUACCAAUUUAAUCCUAAAUUCAAACGUAUUCAAGCAAAUCUUAAACUGAUAAGGGAAGGCUGUCAGAAACAGACCCGGACUUGUGGGCUCUAAAUAGAAAGGUUUUCCAGUUGUAUUGAACAGCAAAACUACCAGCUUUGAGUCUGUUUUUAAAGAUAGCAAAAACUUCAUUCAUUAGUUUCAUGAUGUAGGGAUGGCCUUUGGACUGUCAAGGAAGACUUGGCCUUAGUGAUUUUACUAACUAUUAAAAAUGACCAGAACAAUUACUUCAUUCCACAUCCCGAUCCCACCCCCAAAGAGAAGGUAGACUAAUUUGUUCAGCAGGGUGCUAACAGUAAAUAUGACUGGGACUGAAUUAACCUGCCAAAUUGCUUAAAUAAAGUUACAAAACUU